AUGAACGCUCAACCGAUCGAUACCGGCCCGGCCGGUGAGGAAUGCUUGAAUGUGGCUGAAUUCUACCGUGGUGCGACUGUCCUCGUUACGGGCGGUACCGGAUUCAUCGGGAAAGUGCUGGUGGAAAAGCUGCUGCGAUGCUUCGAUGUGAAAAAGAUCGUUCUGCUGAUCCGCCGUAAAGGGAAUGCGAGUCCUGCAGAUCGGCUACACAGGAUGCUCGAGGGACCGAUAUUCGACACCCUGCGUAGCACGGUUCCAGAUGCAAAGGAUCGUCUCCGUCGAGUGGUAGCGAUGGAUUCGGCUUUUGAGUGUGAAAAUAUCGUAGAUGAUGUCGACAAGGCAAAGCUUUGCAAUGAAGUACAGAUCAUCUUCCACGUGAUGGCGUCCAUCCGCUUUGACGAAGAGCUCGAUGAUGCGAUCGCGAUGAAUGUUACAGCCACCAGAAGGUUGUACGAACUCGCAAGCGCCAUGGCAGACCUGCGCUCGAUCGUGCACGUAUCAACGUUCUAUUCAAACUGUGAUAAGAAGCACAUCGCUGAGCGCAUUUACGACGACGUCCCGUACGGUGGGCUAGAGCACAUCCAGCACUUUCUAAAGGGCCUUGAAGCACCAGAGAAACAACAGCUGACCAAGCUCGUCCUGGGCACGAUGCCCAACACGUACGUGUUCACGAAGAAGUGCGCCGAAAGCAUGAUCAAGAGCACUUUUUCGGAGCUUCCGAUCGGUGUGUUCCGGCCACCGAUCGUGAUCUCGAGCUACCGUGAACCGGAACCGGGCUGGGUGGACUGUUUCCACGGAGCGACCGGUCUUUGGGUGCCGAUGGUGCUCGGGAAGACGAUCUGGUACUUUGGCGAGCCGGAUUGCAAGCCAUUUAUGACUCCCGUCGAUCAGACGGUAGCGGGUAUGAUCGCGGCAGGCUGUGACAUCUACCGACGUCGAAGCCUGAUCCUUCCGGUCGAGAAACCGCUUCCGGUGUACAAUUACGCCUUCGCAGAGAACGCCUUCCCGUUCCGAGAUUACGUUGGGCUUGUUAGCUCAGGUCUUGCGAAUCCGGUGGAUCGAUUGCUCAGCCGAAUACGCGUGCGUAUAAGCCCGUGGAGAAUUUUCCCCAAAAUCCUGCUCUGGCUGAUGACGUUCCAAGCGCGAGUUGCCGACGAGGUGUUGGCGUGGUUCGGAAAGCGUGGCAGCAACGUUAAGAUCCUGUCCGCCAUCUCGUCACUAGCGGACGCGGUUGAGUACUUCCGGUGUCGCAUGUGGACGACAGAAAACGGCAACGUGCGGCGGAUGCUGGCGUUGUUAUCGCGCGAUGACGCCGAACGGCUCGAGUUUGACGGCGAUCGGAUCGAUUGGAAGGAUUACCACAAAUCGUACGCCAAGGGCAUCGCAAGGGAGCUAAUGCGAAAAAACCUCCAAAGGCAGCAGCACAGGAAGUCCGCGAUGGCGAAAAGCAGUUAGACUGAUGAGCUGCAGAAACUGCUCGAUUCGCCAAAGAGCCACUGUUAAACUUCGUAUCAGCGUGCUUUCAUCGCGUCGAAAUGGAUCGUUAC